CUUAGUAAUGAAGAAAUCACAUGUCAUGAAGAUGUAAGGGAAAAUACCCUAGACACACAGCCAGCAGCUGCAGAAAGCACAUUAACAGACAAGUAUACCCAACUUCAGCAGAGCAGCCAACUUUUACAGGAGGAAGUUAACAAGUUAAAAGAACAAGUUGACCGAGCAUCCCCUGUAAAUACGCCAGUUUUCCCAAAUGAGUUGUCCCUACAGACUCGUAGACUCCCGGAAGUAACCAUACGGAAAGAUUUUAAAAUCUGCGGGCAGAUUGGCGAGAAAGGACAAAAAGACAAGCUCUCAUACACAAAUCUGAUGCACCAGAUUGAAAGGGGCCUCAGUCGAGGGCAUAAUGAAUCUGAAGUGGUUGAAGCUGUAGUAAAGUCAAUCAGUCCUGGCUUGAGUCUUCGUGAUAUGCUUGAAGUGAAACAUGACCUUAGCUUGUCGCAACUAAAGGUCAUAUUAAAGGGACAUUUUAAGGAGGAUAACUCAAUAGAUCUCUACCACAAGCUAGUAAACAUAACCCAAGACAGUCGAGAGUCCCCUCAGAACUUCCUGUUUAGGGCUAUGGAACUAAAAGAGAGGUUGUUGCUUGCAUCUAAAGAAGUGGGGUCUGAUGCUCAGUACAGUGCUCAAUUCAUUCAGAAGAAAUUCCUGAGGUCAGUAAGUACUGGUUUGUUAAGUGAUCAUAUCAAGUUCCAGCUAAAGCCUUAUCUUGAUGAUCACACAGUGACAGAUGAAAUACUUAUUGAGAAGAUGAAUGAAGCAGCAAGCGUUGAAACAGAAAGACAGUCGAAACAGAGGAAGAGCAUCAGCAGUAGGAGCCCUAAAGUAAGUGAAAUACAGUCUGAAAACCUGAAUAGUCAGCAGAGCCAAGGUGUCACUGAUGCCCGAGUGAAGGUGCAGGAACAGACAACUGAGGUGGUGAAACCUAAAAACCGCAGACCGGCGGCGGCUGUAACCAGUGCUGGUGAGUCAGAGCUUGUUGAAACAGUUAGGUUGCUCAGAGAAGAGAUUUCAGAAAUUAAGAGAAGCUUAUCUAACCCUCAGCCAGUUCAAAGAGUAAGAAGGGGUGUUAGGAGAGGAUGUCGAGUUUGCAGAGAACAGGGCAAGGCUGACCAAUGUGAACACUGUUUUAAAUGCGGGCACUCAGGGCAUUUCUCUAGAGGCUGCAGAGCAGAGGCAGAGAAAACAGAUAGGAUGAAAGUAAAUGUUCAGACGGCAGCUUCCCCAAAUCUACCAGAAGAAGAUAGCAAGGUGCAGGAGAUGCUUUUUGACCGAAUUAAACAGCUAGAAGCACAGUUGGAUAAGGACAGAAAUCAGGAAGAAACUGUAGGACGCACCUAUGCCAGCCACUUGUCCUUAAGAAAUCAGGCGAAGCUGAAGGCUCUGAUAGGAAGAAAGUGCAUGGUGGAUUGUUUCUUUGAAGGGGUACUAACACAGGCUUUGUGGGAUACGGGAUCCCAAGUUACCAUCAUAAAUGAAAGCUGGAGAAAGUCUUUUCUUCCACAUGUCAGGUUACAUGGUACCGAAGAGCUCCUAGGGCCGGGUGAGACCCUGGUUGGAACUGCAGCAAACCAGACACCUAUACCAUUUGCAGGCUGGGUGGAAUUAAAGUUCAGGCUUAGAGCGGAGACCCAACCACAAAUAGAGUUACUUGUGCCAGUUCUGGUGUCUAGCGAGCCUGGAGUUGCUGAACCCCCAAUCAUAGGCUACAAUGUAAUUGAGCUACUGAUUAAGAAUGGAAUGGAGCAACAACCGGAGGUGACAAGCAGGGCAGUUAGGGAAGCAUUCUCUAUCACUUGCAAACAAGCCAGAAUGCUGAUUCAGAUUGUGAAACAUAGUGACCAAAUCGACAGGGAGGGCGUGGUCAAGGUCGGAGGUUUAAAAACUACUGUUCCUCCAGGUCAGACCAGAGAGAUCAGGUGUUUUGUCAGAACAGGUCCACUUUCCUCAAAACAGGAUGUGCUUUUUGAACCUGAGAGCACUUGUAAUUGGCCUGAGGGUCUGAGCAUAAACGAGACAGUGGUUGUUUUGCAAAGAGGAAAUCAUUCGAAAUUGACAAUUCCGGUAACUAACAACAGUAGUCGUGAUAUUACAAUCGUGCCUCGCACAGUGUUGGGACGACUGCAGCAAGUGAAAGCAGUUUAUCCAGUAGCUGUAAGACCAGUCAGCUCAAGUGAACAGACCAUAGGAGCUACUAACAAGGUGAAAGAUGGUGAUACUGACAUCCUGGAAAGUGUCACAGGUGAGCAAAGACAGCCCGAACUAGAUAAAAGUGAGUUGUGGGAUCCUCCAGUUACUAUAGACCACUUGACCUCAGACCAACAAGAAAAAGUGAAACAAAUGCUUCGAGAAGAGUGUAAUGCAUUCUCCAGAGAUGACAGUGAUGUAGGAUGUAUACCUUCCUUGCAGCUAAAGAUCAGGCUGAAGGACACAACACCAGUGAAGCGUACAUACACUUCAAUACCGAAGCCACUGCUGAAAGAGGUGAAAGAGUAUUUGGAGGACCUAUUGAAUAGAGGAUGGAUCCAGAAAUCUAGAUCUCCUUAUUCAUCACCCAUUGUCUGUGUUCGUAAAAAGGAUGGAGGCUUGCGUCUGUGUGUGGACUAUCGCGAGCUGAACCAGAAGCUGAUACCAGACCGUCAUCCCAUUCCUCGAGUGCAGGAUAUUUUAAACAACUUGAGUGGAAGUGCAUGGUUCUCAGUUUUGGAUCAAGGAAAGGCAUACCAUCAGGGCUUCCUAGAGGAGAAUAGUAGACCACUCACAGCCUUUAUUACACCUUGGGGACUAUAUGAGUGGGUUAGGAUCCCCUUUGGUCUAUCCUCAGCACCAGCAGAGUUCCAGCGCAGUAUGGAAGAGUGUCUUUUGGGACUUAGGGAUGAAUCAUGCCAACCAUACCUCGAUGAUAAUCUAGUUCAUAGUAAAUCAUUUGAAGACCAUCUGAAUGAGGUGAGAGAGGUGCUGCGUCGGUAUCAGGCACACGGUGUUAAGCUAAAGCCGACCAAAUGUGAAAUAUUUAGAGAUCGAGUGAAGUUUCUGGGAAAGAUCGUAACCAAAGAUGGCUACUGCAUGGAUCCAGCUGAAGUUGCACCUGUGCUAGCUCUCAAAGACCGCAAACCAAAGACAGUGGGUGACCUAAGAAAAAUGUUGGGCUUUUUGUCAUAUUAUCGCCCUUACAUUCCAAACUUUUCACGCAUUGCAAAGCCACUGUAUAGUUUGAUGACCAUUGACAGGAAAACUUCCAGUGAGAUUAAACGCGCGAUCUCAAAUCAGAAAAAAGGGAAACGGAACAAAGCUGAGCAGUUACUAUCGAGCACACCAAUUAAUUGGUCCAGGCAACAUCAAGAUGUGCUGUGUGAACUAAUCGAAUACCUGGUUUGUCCCCCUUUACUAGGAUAUCCAGAUUUUGAGAGCCCGUUUAUAUUGCACUGCGACGCCUCUCAGGAAGGUCUUGGUGCAGUAUUGUACCAAAGGCAGCAUGGAAAACUGGUUGUCAUCGGUUACGGCUCAAGAACGCUAACGGCUCCAGAGAAAAAUUACUACCUGCACUCUGGAAAGCUAGAGUUUCUAGCAAUGAAAUGGGCAAUUUGUGACAGGUUUAGGGAGUAUCUGUACUAUGCACCAUCAUUUGUUGUUUAUACGGAUAACAAUCCCUUAACUUAUGUGUUAACCACAGCAAAACUAAAUGCUACCACACACAGAUGGAUCGCAGAAUUAGCUGAUUUCAACUUUUCGAUAAAAUAUCGGCCCGGAAAAGUUAAUGGAGAUGCAGAUGGCCUCUCAAGGAUGCCACUUGACAUGGAAACAUACAUGCUCAAAUGCUCACAAGAAAUGGACCCAGAAACACUUACGUCAAUUACACAGGCAGUGCAAUUGAAAUCGCAAGAGUGGGAGCCAUGGUUGUGUUCUGCAACAAUCACAACAGCAUGUAGUGAUGGAGAGUAUGAGAAAGCAUUGAGAUCAGUGGCAGAAAUUUCACUACAAACUAUAAAAAAAGCACAAGAAGAAGAUCCAGUGAUUGGCAAAGUGAAAAACUAUGUUGUGAAAGGACAGUGGCCUCGUUUUAAUAAGAGAAACUGGCGGGAUGAUAUCUCUGUGUUAACACGAGAGAUGAAAAAGUUGUUUGUUGAUGAAGACGGCAUCCUGUACAGAAAGUCAGCCACUAAAGUUCAACUCGUGCUACCUAAGGUAUUCCAUCAAGUGGUCUUUAAGGAAUUACAUGAAGAAAUGGGGCACUUGGGGGUGGAAAGAACACUUGGAUUAAUCCGUGACAGGUUCUAUUGGCCUUUUAUGAAGAGAGACACAGAUCACUAUGUGACAAAGGUCUGUAGCUGCCUAAAGAGGAAACGACCAAACAAGCCAACAAGAGCUCCACUUGUUAACAUAGUCACUACAUACCCAUUUGAGAUGGUUUCGAUUGACUAUUUGCACUUAGAGAGUUGCAAAGGAGGCUACGAGUACAUCUUGGUGGUCAUUGAUCAUUUUACCCGUUUCGCCCAGGCGUAUGCAUGCACAAAUAAAUCAGCAAAAACAGCUGCUGACAAGAUUUUUGGGGAUUUUGCUCUCAAGUUUGGAUUUCCAACCAAAUUGCACCAUGAUCAAGGCAAGGAGUUUGACAACAGACUGUUCUCUGAGCUUGAAAAGUACAGUGGAAUCCAAGGUUCUCGCACAACACCAUAUCAUGCUGCAGGCAAUGGUCAAGCGGAGAGAUUUAACAGGACGCUCCUGUCUAUGCUGCGGAACUUAACAGAACAAGCCAAGUCGGACUGGAAGAGCUCAUUAGCCAAAGUCGUUCAUGCCUAUAAUUGUACGCGAAGUGAAGCGACAGGAUAUGCGCCGUACUACCUCUUAUUUGGCAGAAGUCCCAGAUUACCUGUAGACAUCAUGUUUGGUUUGACUCCUGGGGAUCAGAGCACUUCUCACAGUGAAUAUGCACGAAAAUGGAGAAAGCGGAUGCAGGAAGCCUACAAGUUGGCAACAGAGACAAUGCAGAAAGAACAAAACAGAGCUAAAGUAAUGUAUGACAGAAAGUGUCAUGGGGCAGAACUGCAGCCAGGAUGUAGAGUGCUGGUACGUAACUUCAGAGACAGAGGUAGGCCUGGAAAGCUUAGGUCUUACUGGGAAGAAGAUGUCUAUGUGGUCACAGAACGAAAACACAAAGACAGCCCUGUCUAUGCUGUGCAUCCUGAAAAAGGUUCAGGAAAGAUAAGAGUUUUGCAUAGGAAUUUGUUAUUGCCAUGCGACUUCCUACCACUUGAGAAAGAACCUGAUAAGACAGUGCAGACAGAAAAUAGAAAGCGAAACAAAGACAAAAGACGAAAGGAAGCUGAAAAAAAUGGAGAUUCUCACAGUGAUUCAGAAGAUGAGAACACUUGGAGAGCCAUCAUUACAACCCGAGCGGAGCCAGCUGAACAGGUUGAACAUCAACCAAGACUUGUUGAAGAGGAGAUACAACCAGAAUCAGCUGACAAAGAGCAAGAACAAUGCGAGACAGCGAUGGAAGCAGUGGCUGAGCGGGAGUCAUUUUCUGAUGAAGCGGAUGACAAUGAAGGUGGGGCGGCAGCAACCUCCGAUGAAGCAGAUGAGAGGGGAGCUGAAGCAGGAUUAUCAUCUGAUGAAGAAGACGAGGAGCACCCGGAGGGGCAGUCAUCUCCUGCAAAACUAUAUCCUUUCAGAAACAGACAUCCACCUAAGACACUCACAUAUGAUAGAUUAGGUCAGCCAAGUUUUGUGACUAGACCAUAGUAAUAUUUUGUUUGUUAAAAGGAAAAACAUUGUUCAUUGUGUCCUGUUCAGUUAAACACAAUACAGUUGAAGUAAGUAGGCAGUGUUUAUUAUUUUUUAUUUCCGAUUAGGGUGGAUCUGCAGAGCUGAGACCAUAAUCACAUUCAAUAGUACUAUGGUGGAACGUAAAGCUUAUAGUAAUAUAUGUGGGUCUGAGUAAAUAGUGAAAAGGUUAAAAUAGGUUAACACCUUUCCAUCUGAGACACAUCACCUGCAAAUGAAGCAGAGUAUUCUUUCAGAUAUUGCCUGGCCAGUGAUAUCUACUUUUUGGAACGUGGUGUGAAGAGGGAGAUGCAUGCCAUGUUCAUGAGUGUGAAUGUGCACCGUGUCUUGUAUGAUUGACUCCCAGAAAAUACCUUGGACUAUCUAAAGAUUGGACUGCUUCAAGAUUCCUCGAUGUCGGGACGACAUUUCUUUUUGGAGGGGAGAGUGUGGGGGACCACAGAUGACCACAUGUGAUCUGAUGUCAUUUAAGAAUGUAAAGCGCACAGAUUAUAAGAUUCAGGCAGUUUUGGACAGCUAAAGGGGUCCUGAAAUGAGGUCCUGAGAUGCUUUUUGGGUGUGAGCGCUGGGGGCGAGAGAGAGAGAGAGUGACGAGAGAAGCACGUGUGUGAUGGCGAGAGUCGUGAGGUCCGAGUAAAGAUUGUAAAAGAAAGACGAAUUAAAGAAAGUUCUACAAACUCA